AUGGAAAGCACUGUCGAACAGGAACAACAGGAUUCUGGCUACGAUGUAGAACUAUUUGUAAAUGCCCCAGACCCUGAAUUCAUCUGCACUGUCUGUCAUGGUGUGUUCAAAGGUCCUGUGGAACUCUGUUGCCAACAUGUCUUCUGCAAAAGUUGCAUUUCAAAUUGGCUUGCAAGGAAGCAGCAAUGUCCAUAUUGCAGGAAAAAGGUGAAGGGUGCGACUCGAUCUGUGAUACCUAUGAUCCACAACUUGCUUGGACAAUUGAUAAUGAAGUGUGACAAAAAAAUCCACGGUUGCCGGCACACCUUUCCACUGGAGCAACAGGAAAGCCACAAAGCAGCUUGUGAAUACAGGAUGGUGAGCUGCAGGUACGAGGGCUGUGCGGCUGAAAUGUUUCACAAGGACAUUACUGCCCAUGAAAAGGCUUGUGAACACUGGAGCCAGCCGUGCAGGAUGGGAUGUGGGGUCCAACUCGCCCGGAAUCAGUUGGAGGAACACAACUGUUACAAGGACACAAAGAGAAAGUACAAGGAGAGGAUCACCGUGCUCAAAAGGCGCUUGAGCUGUAUGCACCGUCGUCUGAAGCUAGUUGAAGGAAGUGCGCGGCGUUUGACUGCAGGCAAUCACCUGCAGUAUUUGGAGUCCUAUGUCUGUGGAGAUGCUGGCGAAGUGGAAAGCAUCAAUGAUGGUGAGAUGGAUGAAGCAACACCAAGCCAUACAGUUGAGGACAGCAUUUACAUCAGGUCUAGUUCCAGCACUGAUCAAGAACCCAGUCUAUAUGGAUGCCGUCCUGGUUCCCAGCCAUCCCAUUUGUAUUUUGAAACAGAUGAUAUAAAUGAGAACACUGCUUCACAGCUUGCCAUUACUUCAAUUGGCCAAAGUGCUGCCGUCAGAAGGAGGCACAGGCCUUGGAUGUUGCAUUCAUUGAGGUACUCUAUUUACAAUGGAUUCAUUUGACAAUAGGUGCAUGAGUAGGCCAUUCAGCCCUUCGAGCCAGCACUG